UUGUUUUGGAGCAAUUGAUAAGAUCAAAUGUUUUGGGUCCACAUACAUGGCUGCUGUGGGAUUGAGUCCAGAACAUAAGAUUAAUCAUGGAGAUAAUAAUUCAAUAAGAAAAUUUAUUACUAUUCUUCUCGAUUUUACGCAAGCUAUGCAUGCUCGGCUUCUCACAUUUAAUACAUCUACAUAUAGAAAUUUUAUGUUAAGAGCAGGUGUAAACAUUGGUCCAGUAAUAGCAGGUGUGAUAGGAGCUAAUAAACCUCAAUAUGACAUAUGGGGUGAAACUGUUAAUAUCGCCUACCACAUGGACUCAACAGGUUUGGCUGGUCUCACACAGGUUACUGAAAAUGUAGCUCAUGUUAUUCGAGAUACACAUUACAACUUCAAAUGUAGAGGAAUGGUGAAGAUUAAAGGAAAGGGGGAUACAAUGACAUACCUUGUUGUUGAAAGGCAAGACCAUCAGUUUAGCACAGGUGCAACUUAUGGCAGAGUGACACCUGGUAGAAUAAUAAACCAUCAAAUGAUGAAUCAACCCCUGCAUCGUUAUGAGCAAUGUGUUCCUGCAAAAUAUGUUCAGCACUCAAUGUUAAAUCGGGGAAAUUCUAACAUGGGAGAAAGCAGUAGACUUUUACCUUAUAGUGGAAACAAUGGACCUCAUAUAGUUAAGGUUCUACCUAUGCAAAAGAACUGCCAACAUGUGUAUCACCCAGAGCCUUCUACACACACUAUAUUCGACCAAACAAAUCAACAAGUACAAAGUAGUUUAAACCAUUCGCAAAUGGAGCCAUUUCUUAAACCACUUCCUAAGCCUCCACUACCUGAUCAUGUUUCUUCUUACCAUAUCCGUCGAAGUGAAGAACCAUCUUCAAUGCUAGAUACUCGUGGAUCAUCCGUUGAUGAAUUAAGUUCUCACAUGCAGUCUGCAACAUCAACUAGUUCAAGCAGUUCUGAUGAAAGUUACAGUAACACCGCACCGGACAGCCCAGUUAAAAAAUGGUUAUAUCCUGGUGAUAUUCAG